AUGCAACUGCGGCCGUCGCGAUCAUCGCAAGAGCAGAGUUCACGAAGUAAUCCGCACCCACCGAGCCAGCCGCCGCCGCGCCUACUAACGACCCAACCGCCGCCAUGGCCUGCAUACGAGCCGGCGGCGAUCCACAAGCUGCCGCGCGACGUGAUUGCGAAGAUCUUUUCGCAUCUGUCCGUCGCGGACCGGUGCUCCGUGUCGCUCGUGUGUCGCCUGUGGUUUCGCUACGAGCGUCUGCUGCCACAUUACAUGCAGAGCGAGGUGAGCGCAACGGAGAUCCGCUUCGUGCUGCGCCGCUUCCCCCUCAUCCGCACGCUGCGCGUCCGCUGCCUCGGCCCCACCGUGCUUCCGGGGGCUCCGCGGGAGGAGCGCGCGGAGGACCGCCACCACAAGCGCCCGGCGGACGAGUUUUGGAAAUGCGUGGAAGGGCAUUCGAUGCUUAGCAAAGUGACGGUUUAUAAGUGCACGCACUUAACGGACCGGUUUCUGCGCCACGUGGCGCGGUGCGGCGCGUUGAAGGAGAUCUCGAUCGCCAGCUGUCCGAACGUGAGUGGCGGCGGGUUUGCUGAGCUUGCGGAGAAGUGCCCCGGAUUGGAGGAGAUGGUUCUGGAAGAUCUGAGUCUGUCCGUUGUGGCCAAGAAAGCGCGCAGCGCGCCUGGCGGAGGGCGGGCGGGCGGGGGAGGGGCGGGGGAAGGAGCAGGGAGAGGGGAAGGGGAAGGGGCAGUGAGAGGGGCGGGGGAAUGGAGAGGGGAAGGGAGAGAGGAAGGGGGAGGAGAAGCGGAAGGGAGGGUGGGGUUGGAUGGGAGAGCAGCGGAAGGGGGAGCGGAAAGGACACCGGGAGGGGAAGGCGAAAGGGGAGGAGGAGUGGCAGGGGAGGACGUUCGCAUGGGCGAGGGGGAGGGAGAGGCGGAGAGAGGGGUUGGCGGCAUGGAGGGUGGGGAGGGGCGAGAGUGGGAGAGGGCGCAUGGGGGCGCAGGGCAGGCGGAUGAGGGGGAUUGGUGGCGUGGGGCGGCGGAUGGGGCAGUUAGGGCUGGGGAAGCGGAGGCAGCAGAGGCGCAAGUAGGAGCAGAGGGGAGGGCAGCAGCAGGGCGGGGGGGCAGUCUCGUGGCAUCCUUCCCCAACCUCUCCUCCUUGAAACUCAUCAACUGCACUCUCGAUGCUCAUUGGCUGGAAAUGUUUGCUGGGCAGCUGCCCGCACUGCGCAAGCUGACCGUCAUGGCCUGUCCGGACCCUCUCGACCAGUUUUUUGUGACGGCUGCCCGGACAGCUGCCCGGUUGGAGAGUGUGGAGAUAGUAGACUGCGAGGGCGUGAGUGACCGAGGCAUUGUGGCUCUCCUGAAUGGCUGCCCGGCAAUCAACAGCCUGACACUGAGUGGUGGUGGUGCAUGGAGUGGGGUUGCGAUCGCUGCAGCUCAAAUGGAGCCCCGGCUUCUCUGGCCACCAGCUCGCAAGAGAUGUGCUGGAUGCACGACGGUGGUCUACCACCUUUGA